AUGUGGGCGAGGUCCACCACCUGGACCAUCACCACGAAACAAAAAACACCGGCAGUGUUAUUCUUUGGAGAUUCGAUUUUCGACACCGGAAAUAAUAAUAAUCUAAUAACAGAAAUGAGAUGUAAUUUUAGUCCCUAUGGUAUGAGUUUUCCAUCCGGAGUCCCUACCGGUAGAUUCAGCAAUGGAAAGGUCGCUUCUGAUUAUAUUUCCGAAUUCUUGGGAGUACAGCCGAUUGUACCGGCAUAUUUCGACCCCGAACUACAGCCAGAAGAUCUUCUGACCGGUGUAUCAUUUGCUUCAGGUGGUAGUGGUUUUGACCCUAUGACACCCAAAAUAUCUAGAGUAUGGUCAAUGUUGAGCCAGUUGACAUAUUUCCAAGAAUAUGUAGAGAGAGUGAAGAAGUUAGUAGGGCAAAAGAAGACCGAUCAGCUAUUAACCAAAGGCUUAGCCGUUGUGGUCGCAGGAAGCAACGAUCUGGUUAUUACAUACUAUGGUCAAGGUGCUCAGUGGCUCAGAUACGAUGUUCACUAUUUUACAACGAUGAUGGCUAAAUCUGCCGCAAGUUUCGUUAUGCAAUUAUAUGGAUAUGGAGCAAAACAAAUAGCAGUGAUAGGAACACCACCACUUGGAUGCAUACCAUCACAAAGAACUCUAAAAGGAGGCCUACGUAGAAAUUGUGCUCAAGAUAUAAACUAUGCUUCUCAGCUUUUCAACGUAAAACUCUCCAUCGCUUUGGAUCAAUUGGCAAAAACUCUACCAAAUUCUAAUGUGGUUUACAUCGACCUCUACUCUCCUUUCAGUCACAUCGUAGCAAAUCCACAAGAUUACGGGUUUGAGGAUAUAAAGAAAGGAUGUUGUGGAACUGGACUUGUGGAAGCAGGUCCACUCUGCAACCGAUUCACACCUGUGUGCUCCAAUGUAUCUGGUUACUUGUUUUGGGAUAGUUUCCAUCCUACCCAAAGAUUCUAUAAAAUAUUAGUCAAAAUACUUUUUGAGAAAUACAUCCACCAUUUAUUUUGA